UCAAAGCUCCGCCCUGCUUUUUCUUCGCUUCCGGUCAAAGCCAUAUCAGCACGUUUUAUUUUGUAUUUAUUGUGGAUUAUACAUUUAGUAUAUAUUUAUCCUUUUUAAGUCUUAUGACAGGGAUAUCAUAAGACGUCUUUUGUCUAAAGGCUAAAGUUCACAGCGUCGAGUCAUGGAGGAGGAGACGGUGGAGACACCGGAGGAGCAGCUGGCGAAGCAGCACCGCAAAGAAAAGAAAGAUGCGCAAGCUAAAAUCCAGAGCAUGAAAAAUGCAAUCCCCAAAAAUGACAAGAAAAGGAGGAAACAGUUGACAGAGGAAAUUGCAAAAAUUGAGACUGACCUGAACCAGAAACAUGACGAAGAAUUGAGGCAACUCAAAUCCAAAACCAACACAGAGGUAGAGGUGUUAAAUGGAGUGGAGACGAUGAAGAUAGCUGAUGGAGAUGAACAAGAGGAGGGGAAACAACCACGUCUAACCAAGGCCCAGAAAAGAAGGGACAAGAAGGCUGCCGAGGAGAAGGAGAGAGAGAGCAGGAUCGCAGAGGCUGAGGUACAAAACCUGCAGGGUGUGAGGCACCAGGAGGGUUUAAAGCUGGCCCAGAAACUCGCACAGCGACAGCUUCAGAUCAAAGAGAUCUCCUCUGAUGGCCACUGCAUGUAUCGUGCCAUUGAAGAUCAGCUUGCAAAGCGUUCAGAGCCCGGAUCAAUCACCAGCGUGAAAGAACUGCGGUCCAGCACUGCUCAGCGCAUGAGAGGCUAUGCUGAUGACUUCCUCCCUUUCCUCACCAACCCCAACACCGGUGACAUGUACACAACAGAUGAGUUUGACAAAUACUGCAGUGAUGUGGAGCACACAGCAGCUUGGGGUGGACAACUGGAAUUGCGAGCUUUGACCCAAGUGCUUCACCUGCCAGUCGAAGUGAUCCAGGCCGACUCCGCAACCAUAAAAAUUGGGGAGGAAUUUGAUAGUGAACCCAUCACCCUUGUCUAUAUGCGUCAUGCCUAUGGACUAGGAGAGCACUACAACUCUGUGGAGGGCCUGAAGGAGCCGCUCAACGCAGAGGAGAGCUGAGAGACCGCUGAUUCGUGGUGUGAUAUUAACCAAUGUGUGUUCGAAGAGCCCUAAAUACAAACGUAUUUGGAGAGACCCCCCCCCCCCCCCUUCAAUACAAGCUGGGUUAAUAGAGAAUAUUGCCGUUGUCUGAGUAGCUUUCGCCAUACAGAAUGGUAUGUGUCUGUUCAGAAUUCAAAAGAUGUCAAUGAGGACUGUGAAAUCUAGUUGGGAAAACAGUAUCAUUGUGCUAAUGAAAUGCAGUAUAAGUAACGUGUCAAUGAUUUUAUAUUGGACGGCCUUGGUCCUAAUGACCACCAGGGUUUAUUUCAGUCAAUUGGGGAAAGCAGCGUGUACAGCAUACCUAUGACAUCAGUUGGCACUACUUUAAUCUAGUUGGUGAACAGAUGUUGAUCAUUCAUGUCCCCCAAAUGUCAACAGAGUCACUGAGGGUUUUUUGAUCUUCUUUAAUGUUCUUGGAAUGAACAGAAUGAUGAUUUUACAUACACACAUACAAUACUAAUAAGUUAUGUCAUUGCUGUAUUUUUUUGGGGUGAAAUAUUACAAGUUGUAAUCUGUUGUUAAAACAAUACUGAUUUCAUUAUCAGACUGUGGAAGCUGGCUAUUACUUUCCUUUAACUGAAGGUGAUCAUAUGGCAUCUAUUAAUUCUUAGCAGGUGUUUGGCAAGAAUUAUCUGUACUCCUGUCUCAGUUAUUUUAUUCUAAAUAGAUGUGACAUUUUACCACAGAUGGUCUCUCUCAGGCCUAUUGAAGUGGUCAGUUUAAUUAAAUAGUUAAAACAUAUGUAAUUACUGUGAUGGUAAAAACAACACACACAAACUAGGCAACAGAAAAUGUCAACAAUGACACAUUAAUAACUUAUAGUUCAUCCUUGUAUACUGUUCAUUUAAGUAUUUUUUUUAAAUCUUAAAUUCAAAUGACGUGGGAUAUAUAUUCAUAUUAUUGUAUCUAUUAAGUAUUUAUUUGACAUAUAUGAGUGCCAGUUAUGUACUGUAGGUGUAUGUUCUAUACUGAAUUCAUUUACUUUAUGAAGAAAAAUAAAUCUAUUGUUUGAUUG